AGACCUGUGAAAGUUCAGCGGCCGAAAGCGACGCGCACCCGUCCCCGCUUCCACUCGACCGCUCCCCACCCGGAAAACGAAGCCAAAAAAGCCACGCUCUUGCCACCGCCGCCGCUUCCGCUUCCGGGGCCACCGUCCCUUCCCCUUGCGGCCUUGCCUCCCUCGCACGCCCAUCUCCGGCGUCACCACCGGCCCCCCUCGCCACCACUGUCAACUCAGCGGAGCAGCUCUCCUCCUCAAACUCUCGGUGUCUCGCUUGCUUACCUUAACCUUCCUCCGCUCCGCUGCAAUCCCACUCCUGAUCCUGGCUCCACCCGGAAGUGCCCACGCAUUUUGGUCUCUUGUGCUUGGAGCCUUCUCGGUUGCACCAAAUUUGGCCUUUUUAGGUGGGUGGGGAGCUCCGAUCUUUUCAGCUACAGCUUUUAUAUUUUUCCUGUUUCUUGGUUGGGUUUGUGCCACAGAUUUGAGCAUCUUGGGCUGGGACGAUUAACUCUGAGCCGUCCUCCUCCCCAUAUAUUGAUCAGAUGAGUUGUGGGUGUCUCCUCCCAAUCCAAGAUUGCAGGAGAUGGUUGUAGCAGUAGCUUCGUCCCAAUCUUCUUCCACGCCCCUGUCACCUUACUCGUCUUCGCCCAGCCUCCGCAGCUUCAUCAGGGACGCCCCGCCUUACAGCACCCAGACCCCGCCGCAGGUGCAGACGGCUGGUGUCGGUGGUGGCGGCGGCAAUGGGAAGAUCAGCCCUGCGGUGCUGUUCAUCAUAGUGAUCCUUGCGGUUAUCUUCUUCAUCUCCGGGCUGCUCCACCUCCUUGUGAGGAUACUGAUGAAGAAGCAGCACGGCCGUGGUGCCGCCAUGGGGGAGUCUGCGCCGUCGCCGCACCGGACAGGCGCGCGGGACGCGGCAAUGGACCGGCAGCUGCAGCAGCUGUUCCAUCUGCACGACUCUGGGCUCGACCAGGCGUUCAUCGAUGCGCUGCCUGUGUUCGCGUACCGUGAAAUUAUCGGUGGCAGCAAAGAGCCGUUCGACUGUGCGGUGUGCUUGUGUGAAUUUGAUGGGGAGGACAGGCUCAGGCUGUUGCCGGUGUGCGGGCAUGCCUUCCAUCUGCAGUGUAUAGAUACAUGGCUGCUGUCCAAUUCGACGUGCCCACUUUGCCGUGGCACACUCUUUGUCCCCGGGAUGACUAUUGAUAACAUGCUGUUUGAUGAUUUUGAUGAGAGGUUGGAGGAGGAGCCUCUACCGGAGGAGUGUGAGGAUGGACACCAAGUUUCCAGGCACAAACCCAUGGAUGAGGAGCAGCCAGUGGCCGAGAAGAGGGUGUUUCCAGUAAGGCUUGGGAAGUUCAAGAAUGUUGGAAAUCAGGGCGCCAUCGGUGGUGUGGCUGGCAAUGGCAAUGAAGCUGGUAUAGUGAGUAGGGAGGCAGGGGAGAGUAGCAGUAGCAGCUUGGAUGCAAGGCGAUGCUUCUCCAUGGGCACUUACCAGUAUGUUCUUGGGGCUUCUGAACUUCGAGUGGCUCUCCAGACAGGUCGUGGCGGAAACGGUGCAAGCAGCAGGUUUAAAGGAAGAGUUGCUGGCUUAUGUCCUGUCAAUGCUGACAUUAUGGAGGGCAAGAGGAUUUGUGCGAGGAGCAAAGGCGAGAGCUUCUCUGUGUCGAAGAUUUGGCAGUGGUCUAGUGUGAAGGGCAAGUUGCCAGCUCCUCCAGACACUUGCUCAGAUACUGGGAGCCUACCAUGGAUGAAAAUAAAUGCUGCUGGAGAUAAGUCUAAUAUGUGACUCUGUCUAUAGUACUUUGUUUUUUUUUCUGCCUGAUGUUGGCUGCUGAGUUGCUUAGCUCUAGCUAUUUCAUCUGAUUUAGGGUGUCUCAACAAUCAUUCAUCAAGGGAUAAUUUUUGACAGGCUUGCUAUAUUGCACAUAGUUUGUGAUUGUUCACGAUGGUGUAGUCUAUAUUCCCGUGUUGUUGGUAUUCCAGGAAUUCCAUUCAGAAUCCUAUCAUCACUAUGAAGUAUCAAUUUAUACUCUAUUUGUGUUAUCAAUUCUGGCAAUUUCCUCCUUGAAUGUAAGUAUGUAACUAUCAAACAUGAGAAAAUAUUAGGCUACAAUGUGAUGUACGUCUGGACCAUUGCAGUUAUGAUCUACAAAACUUCCUUGAUAAA